UGGCAGGAUAGGACCCUGUCGCGUUCACGUCCCUCUGGUCCUUGAGCCGGCGCAGGCAGCGAAGCAAUGGCCUUGAGGUUGCUGAGACUUGUCCCGGCGUCGGCGUCCGCGCGCGGCCUCGCGGCCGGAGCCCAGCGCGUGGGACGAAUUCAUACCAGUGCGCACUGCAAGCUGAGGUACGGGCUUUUGGCUUCCAUUCUCGGUGAUAAGACAACCAAAAAGCUGCAUAAGUACAGCCGAGUGAUAACAGUAGAUGGCAACAUAUGCUCUGGGAAAAACAAGCUCGCAAGGGACAUCGCAGAGCAACUAGGCAUGAAGCACUAUCCAGAAGCAGGGAUACAGUACUCAAGCAGCACCACGGGUGACGGAAGGCCCCUCGAUAUAGAGUUUAGUGGCAACUGUAGUUUAGAGAAAUUUUAUGACAAUCCCAAAAGCAACGACGGCAACAGCUACCGCCUACAGUCCUGGCUCUAUGCCAACCGCCUCCUGCAGUACUCAGACGCCCUGGAGCACCUCUUGAGCACAGGACAAGGUGUGGUCUUGGAGCGUUCCAUCUACAGUGACUUUGUCUUCCUGGAGGCAAUGUACAACCAGGGCUUCAUCCGAAAGCAGUGUGUGGACCACUAUAAUGAAAUUAAGCGGCUUACUCUCCCAGAGUACCUGCCACCACAUGCAGUCAUCUAUAUCGAUGUGCCUGUGUCAGAAAUACAGAGCAGGAUCCAGAAGAAAGGAAAUCCACAUGAAAUGAAGGUCACCUCUGCCUAUCUCCAGGACAUCGAGGAUGCCUACAAGAAAACCUUCCUCCCAAAAAUGAGUGAGAUAUGCGAGGUGUUGGUGUACAGUUCCUGGGAAGCUGAAGACUCAACCAAGGUGGUAGAGGACAUUGAGUACCUUAACUACAACAAAGGACCUUGGCUUAAACAGGAUGAUCGGACCUUUCACAACCUGCGGAUGCUCGUCCAGGAUAAGAGAGAAGUGCUGAAUUACACGACCGUCCCGGUUUAUCUCCCAGAAAUCACUAUUGGAGCUCAUCAGGGUAGCCGGAUCUACGACAGCUUCAGAGAGCUGCCAGGCCGCAAGUACGCCCCUGGGUACAAUGCCGAUGUGGGUGACAAGUGGAUCUGGCUGAAGUGAAUGGUGGCCUCUGCCUAGCUGUGUCACAGCUACGAAGAAGUCUGCUCUGCCCAACUCUAUGAACUCCAAAGCUUUACAAGACAACAGGAAAAAAGCAAAUGAUCAAGAAAUUGCCAGAAAAAAGUGAUCUAACAAGAAGAGUCUGCCCUAUGCCUACUCAGAGUUUGAAGAAUCAACUUCCAUUGACAAGAUUCUGGAACCUUCUAGCGUUUGGAAUCAUCUGGGGGAAAACCAAACAAAGCUGGUCUGCUGAAAGCCCAGCUCCCACUGGAAGCCCUGUGUCCCAGUGCUGUUUCCUUGAGCUCUUCCAACUUGAAGAAAUAAAGCCGGCUCUGUAGCCCCUCACCCUGUGUCUGCGUGGCACACACGUGCCCGGGGGCUGAGGAUGCUCAGCCCUGCGCCCCCCAGCCCUGCCCUGCAGUUUGGGUCACUCACACAGUGCUGAAGCGUUUUUUUUCUGAAGCAUUUAUUCUUUUAACAGCACAUUAGAGCAGAACGGGAAAGAAGAAUGACCAUAGACUAGCAGAACCUGGUCUUAGAGCAGGCUCAUUCCUGGCUGCCCUCGGGGCUCCCUGCUCUUGUCUCUGAAGCACAAGCUGAGUAUAGAAUGUGGGUACACAUGCUCUUAUCAAAAAUGAGGGUGCCAGUCCCAAGUGGAAAGAGCAGUGGCGUCUAAUUGUUCACCUGAGGAGGAGUCCUUAGGAACUGGUGUCAUCUGCAUUGCUGUUCAGGAGCUGCUUUAAGUUGUCUGUCCUAAGCUGCGAGUCUGUACCGCGAAUCCUGCUGUGGCUGCUCUGAGCACGUGUAACUUACAUUUAACUUAAUUAAAAGUUAAUGAAAUUUAGCACUCA